UCGUUUGCUCAGUCGUGACGUCGACAGAAAUGUUUCUGCCCAUGCUCGCGAGGACAGGAGGGGAUCAGCCAGUCUGCAGCUGAUAGAUGUGUUCUAGUGAUGUAAUGGUGCGUGUUUGGUGACUACGGAUGGCUGUUUGUGCCAGGCUUUGCGGAGUGGGUCAGUCGCGGAGGUGCAGGAGGCGACAGCGGCAAAGCCAGCAGGAUCAGGGCAGCGACUCCGACAUGGACGAGGAAGAAGAGGAGCGGAUCGUGGGCCAGAGGCAAGCCGACGUCGGCGGCGGAGGCCUGGUGAGCGGAGUCGCCACUGCAGGGCCGAGUGACGCUUGUGAAUAUGGCAUCAGUCAUGUCAACAGAGGAGGCCGCAUGGAGCGCACAAGCACGGGACCUCCACGCCUGCAGUCAUUAGCCGAUUUACCACCGGAGCUUUUAGUGGAAAUAUUCUCCUUGCUUCCGGGAACAGCUCUACCAAAUGUUGCCCUCGUCUGCAAGAAAUUCAAACAAAUCCUUAACACUGAAACUAUCUGGAGAAGGCGAUGUAUGGAAGAAUUUGGUAUGAAGGACGAUUUGAGGAAGACGGAAGUGGGAGGAGUAUCCAGCCGUGACCUCUACGUUAAACUGCUUCACCCAUACAGACAUAUCUUGGGCUUAUGGCAGCCUGACAUAGGGCCUUAUGGUGGAUUGCUCAACGUUGUGGUGGACGGGCUCUUCAUCAUUGGCUGGAUGUAUUUGCCACCUCAUGACCCCCGUGUGGAGGAUCCCAUGAGAAGACGGCCGCUCUUCCGUAUCCACAUGUGGGAGAGCAAAAAGGCCACCGUGGAGUGCAUGUAUGGGCACAAGGGUCCCCACAAAGGAGACAUUCAGACUGUGAAGAAGGAUGAAUUUUCAACUAAAUGUAACCAGACUGAUCAUCACCGCAUGCCAGGCGGCAGACAGGAGGAGUUCAGGACAUGGUUGGAGGAAGAAUGGGGUCGGACACUGGAGGAAAUCUUCCAUGAGCACAUGCAGGAGCUCAUCCUGAUGAAGUUCAUUUAUACGAGUCAAUACGACAACUGCUUGACAUAUCGGAGGAUCUACCUGCCUCCUGCGAAGCCCUCUGACCUGCUGCAGCCAGGCCUCUUCAAAGGCACCUAUGGCAGUCACGGCUUGGAGAUUGUCAUGCUCAGUUUCCACGAUCAUUUUGCGAGAGCCACCAAGCUCACAGGAGACCCCAAUGUUCCUGCGGGACAACUCACUUUGGAUGUUGAUCUCAGCCGACCCGUGGUCCUCCCAGACUUGGAGCAACAGCGCAACAUAGAGGAGCUGUCCCGGUUGGUACUCGGGGUACACGAGGAAGUACAGAGGGAAGCUGAACAACAGGCCAAUGCCACUUCUGCCGCAGCCAGAAGUGCAGCAGAGGGCAGCUGUGGUAGUGCCAGCGCAGCAGAGGAGGAGGAGGAGACAAAUCCUGGUGUCUGUUCAGACAGCUGCCAGCCCGGCCCCAGCACCACCACCACCAACCCUCCUGAGAGCCAGCCCUUCAUCCUGCCUCUGGGUGUUACGGCUCGCAAUGAGGUGUACCCUCGCACCUGCAGGAAAUGCUUCUAUGGGACAGGCCUGAUCGCUGGGCACGGCUUUACAAGUCCAGAGCGCACCCCAGGGCUCUUUGUGCUGUUUGAUCAGGACCGUUUUGGUUUCAUCUGGCUGGAGUUGAAGUCUUUCAGUCUUUACAGUCGCCUGACAGAUCACUUGGCCCAUGCUCACGCCCCAAACAUGGAGCGAUUUGAGGCCAUGCUGCGCAACAUGCAGUCCUGGACAUCCUGAUGCACCACACUGUAAGUCUUUUCCCACAGCGCAUAUGUGAAUCACCUCUGUCCAAGAGGGACAACUUAACUAUCACAAUAGCUCAUGAUCUUAACUCUCUGAGUUCUGUAGGUACCUGUGCGACAAACACACUGGGUUUUACUGUGUCAUUAAGCUAGUUACCACAAACCGUUUGAAAGGCCCCCAAGUAACUGUUCAUCACCUGAUCUCAGUAUGACCAUAAUCUCUCCGUGCAGCAUGACAACAGAUCACAUUAAUGUCAUUAAUAUUUUUAUUUAUUUAUUUAUUCCCUGCAGCAGAAAAAGGAAUGAUAUUUCAAACCACUUAUUAUGGAUCAAUUUGUAUGUGCCUCUAAUCCUAAAAACAUGUCUGUACUUGGUAGUGCUUGAAGAAGAUAAAGGUGUCCAAUAUAUUCUACUAAGUAGUAUCGUACUGAUUUUAAUUCCCAACAUACUAAACUGCAUGCUGCAUUUUAUUUCAAUCUAAUAGCAUUACUCUUAACCAUUAUUUGAACAUGUUUGAUUAUUUUCAUUAAGCAGCAUGCCAUUGUUUGCUUUAGAGACACCAGGAUUUUUAAAAAAGCAUCUCAGGUGUUUUUCUCUUUGCCACAUGUCAGUGAAAAACAGGAAAAAGUAUUUAAAUGUAUGAAGCUAAAUUAAUUUUAUCAAAUUAUCCAAUAGAAAUACCGAGUGAGUUUUACAGGUGGGCAAUUUUCUAAUCAUUGACUAGAGAUUUGCUGUUUUAUCAUACACUGUAGUUAUAUCAGCCACUCUCAGCCACACUGAUGGGUCUGCCCUGUGAACUUAAGAGAUAUCUUUUCAAGUGAUAUGCUUUGACUCAUGGUCCUACAUCAGACAUACUUUUAAUGUUGCCACAUCUGACAUAAUAUUAUGUAAGACGGAAAGAUGUAUUGUACUGCAAUAGAAUAAGAUAACCUAUACAUAAGCUGGAUUUAAUUGAUAUGAUAUAGUUCAUGUGCUUAUGUACUUAUGAUCUGAAACAGAAAUGUCUCUUACCUUUGAAAAGUAUUGCAUUUGUUGUUAGUUCUAACGGCUGACACAAUGUUUGCCUGGCUUUUAAACCUGCAAAGCUGUUCCCCCCACUUUUCCAAUUUAUUUCAAAUUUGAGACCAGACUAGCUGAACAUUAUACACCCUAGCAGUUCAAAGUGCAUCUCAAAGUACCAACUAAGUGUCUGUAUGUCUCAUUACAGCCUGAUGGUGAUGCCCAGUAGCUUUCCUACUCCAAGUGCACUUUUCUGGGCAGUAAAAUGAAUCAUUCAAAUCCACUGGCCCAGCACUUUUCUAUCAGACUGCAGCUUUACUAACAUUGCAAAAAAAAAAAAGUGUCUGCUAAAGUGUCAGCAUAAUUUUAGCACAUUUUAUUAAUUUCUUCUGAAAUUGUUGACAUAUUUGUUUGGUACAUUCUCCUGUCUGUAAGCCCUGUGUACCCAGCUUUUUGAAUGAUUUGCCUUUGAAAAAUGUUGCUUUGUACGAUUUUCAAUGCCAUAUGCCUGAAAAAUGAACUAAGUUUGACCUAUUGAACUGCUCACAUCAGACUUCAGGGAGCUUUUCAGCUUAAGCGCUCUUCUCAGUAAUAAAACAAAAUAUGAAACUGAAAAA